CCCGUCAGCGUAGUCUGGCCUUGCCGGCUCUCCCCAACCGGGCUUGCUCACGGGGCUGUGCCCUGCUUGGGGACCUGGUGGCACCGACCUUCCUCUUCGCCAUCACUGAUAGCAUCAUCAUCAUCAUCAUCACCGUCACCGCUAGCGUCCCUGUCCCAUUGAUAUCGCCGACCCCGUUCCUGGCACCGGCACUGUCCCCACUGCUGCCACCAGCCCUGUCCUCAUCCCCAUCACCUCCACCACCAUCCCCACCAUCAUCCCAGUCCCUUCUCCCAUCGUCAUCCCCAUCCCUGUCCCCAUGCCCAACCUCAACCCCAUCAUCAUCUUUGUCCCCAUCCCUGUCCUUGUCACCAUCUCCACCAUCACCCUUAUCCCUGUCCCCAUCACCCUCGGCCCUGUCGCUGUCCCUGUCCCCACCCCCAACUUCAACCCCAUCGUCUCUGUCCCCAUCCCUGUCCCCACCCGUGUCCCCAUCCCUAUCCCCAUCCCCAACCUCAACCCCAUCAUCAUCUUUGUCCCCAUCCCUGUCCCCAUCCCUGUCACCAUCCCCAUCAUCACCCUCACUCCUGUCCCCAUCACCAUCGGCCCUGUCCCCAUCCUUGUCCCCAUCCCCAACUUCAACCCCAUCAUCUCUGGCC